CACAGUUAAUCUUUUAGCAUUCACCAGUCAUUUAUUUUUUUGCGUUUUCAGCUUUCAAAUACACGGUUACAAUCUUGUUAUCAGUAAUUAAUAUUUUCCAUAAAUGCGUUAUUUAAUAAGUAGUUAAUGGUUUAUACAUGUGUGUAUUGAUUUUGAAUAAGAGUGUCACUUUAAGACUACAGGUUUAAGCAACUUGCAAUUCAGUGGGUAUUCUAUGGUGUAAUGUGCAGUUGUAAUCUUUACGAUUAUCAAGGCGGUAGAGAUCUUGACAUAUUUUUGACUUGUUAUGGUAUACCACGCCAUUACUUCAAGAUGGUUUAUCAAUAAACAAACAUAAGAAAUAUAGUUUUGCAUAUCGAUCAAAGUUAUGUAUAUACAAAGUAAUCAAUCGAUCUUUUCUUAAAUCUUCAUACUAAGCUUUCAAAACGGAAGGUUUGGUUUGAUUAAAAUACAUAUACCAUUCACUUGAAUGGUCAAACACUUUACGACGAGUUUAAAUAAGAGGAAUUUUAAUUUUGUGUUAUCAGUUGGAAUAUCAGAUUUGGCAAACAACUGCCUGAACUGUGAAAGUGUUUAGACAGUGUCAAGAUUCAAUAAGAAAAAUGACUGGCACCACACAAUCGAUUCCAACCGUCAUAGAAAGACGCCAAUAUGCCGUUGCGGACAUUACUCGGUUAUGAGCCGCGAAGCGUAAGUCGUCAAGACUACGGUGGACGUUUCGUAUCAAUGACGCCAGCGCGUGGCGUCAUGGCAACAAAGAAGAACAGAUACCAAGCACCAAUGGCACGUGUUCAGAAGCUGCCACCUAUUGAUGAAGAGGGCUCGGGUGGCAGGCUCUCGGUGCCUCGCCGGCGUCAACAAGCGCUAAUUCACAGAGUUCCCCGGAACGUGUUCGGCGGCGAUGAUGAUGAUGAUGACGGUGAGAAGUUUUUUUCCCGUCCGUCACCAAUGAAGAGCAUACCUGUUGUACCGGUUCAGCCGAUGCGGAGAGUAAAGACGCCAACGACGCCUCCCGAAACUCCGAAACCUAAAAAGGAGGUGUUCAAAAUGCAAAUGACGUCACAUUUGACGCCGAAAGACGUUAAUCAUACGUUAGUGGAUGGACUUGUCGCUGACUAUUUACAUUAUUCUAGAUACGGACAUGUCAUUCCUGUGUACGAGGGCUCCAGUGUGACCACAUGUCCAUGUUGUACGGACAGAAACAGGCAAAAUGUGCGCACACUGCUUGGGUUUCCAAAGAACGUAGCUGACAAUACACCAGCGUUAGCGCCGACAAGAUACGACAAAAAGGCAAAUGUUAACGUUCCAACUAAGUAUGAUGAUAAAUCACGUAUAAAGCAAGAGGAGGAGUUACAAGGAGAUGGGACCGUGUUCCCUAAUUCUAUGUACGCCCAUCUCCGACGUAAGAGAAUCCAACGGAAAGAGCCGACUCCAGAAGAAACGCGUCGGAAGGAGCUAGCCCAGAGGUCACACAGACAGACCUGGAUGAACUAUCAGCCACUUCCGUACGCCACUAACUACUUGAACCCAGAGUUUAACCGCCCUUCUGAGGUGAACGCGUUAUACGAAUCAGACAUUCGCAAUCGGAACAACGCCACCAAGUAUCAAGUGCUAGAAGCGGACACUAACUAUGAUACCGCCAUGUCGAAACUCGGAACAUACAGUAGAUAUUGAUGUUCAACGACAAAGCGGUCCUGGUGAUCGUUAUUUAGUGUUAACUGAAUUAUAAAUGUGUCUGAAGAAGAAGUAUGCUACUGCUGUUUAUCACGCUUUCCAAACUACACUUGUUUCGACUGUAUUUGAUUCCUGUACAUAUAUCCUGAAGACAUGCUCUGGGUCGUAUCCAUAAAAAGUUUUAAGUCAGUCUUUAACUUAAGUCAAAUUCUUAUUUUGUAUUAUCAAAUUAAAAGAAAAAUAUAAAUGAUUUGAAUAUAAUAGUAUGUUUAUUUGAUAACAUCAAUAAAAAUAAGGCAUUUCAGAUAGUUUUAAGCUUUUAUAUGAAAUAUCCAGUGAGAUACUUAACGUGGGAAAAUGACUUCAGUAAGGAAAUGAGGUAAGAUGUUUUAUGAAUAGCCGGCUCUGCUAGGUUUUCUUCAUGAAGCGCCUUAUUGAACAUUUUCAACUUCGUGAAAGUUUUCAAAAGUUAAACAACGUAUAUUUUAAAUACCAUAUAUUGUUCAUCAUAUUAUACAUAUGCCUUUGUUAGGGUCUAUUCAAUUCUUGCAUAUUUUCAAUUUUUUAGUAUGAAUGCAUUUUAGUUGUUAUUGUUUUUAAAUUCAAGUUAUGAAAAAGCUUUACUUCACUAAGUUGAUUUUUUUUUUCAUUUUCACUAAGAGGUUUAAUGAAUACGGCACCUGUACAUUUUGGCUCCACGAAGUUUGCCAUUUGUGUGUCAACCAAGGAUUAUCUUAAUCUCUUUUUGUCAUUAAGAUCGAACCGUAAGUGCUACAGGGAAUUUUCACCGAAUUAAUGGAGAAUUUUGUGGAUCUCUCCAUUCUGUUAUAUUGUUUAUGUAUAACAUGAUUGUAUUUAAAUAUGAAUGUUACAACAAAUACACAAUUCUCAAUUUA